CAAUAACAUGAUGUUUAAAAUGGUUCUUUUAGUUAUUAUGUACUGUUAGAUUUUAAGAAAAUCUUCCACAUGUGAUCUGCGAUGGCGGUGGUGUCUUUUCUGAUCAGGAAAGAAUCACACAGCAUGGAGCAAAUGUUCUUCUUCAGCUUAAUGCAGAUAACAGACACGUAUAUACACACACUGGGAUAGACCUGAGAUCAAACUGUUCCUGAUUGGGUUAGAAGACACAAUAACCAGAGAUGUGUGAAUCCAGACCAAGUCUUUCCGUAAACCUUCCAUACUCGCAUCUUAAUGAUCACAGCCGCAGUUUGAAGUCGAGUCGGGGUUUUUUGGGUUGCGCGUCUAAUCGUCUUUCAAUUAAUUAUUAUUGAGAGUAUUAAUGUCUAUUAUUGUCCUAAAUUUCACGUCAUUUUACUGACAAUUUUUUGAGAAAAGUAAAAGCAAAAUCACUCUAAACCUCAUUUUACACCGUGUCCCAUAUUCAAACACUCAUUUAAUCAAUUGGAAAAAAUUCUGAAUGUUAAUUUUGGUUAUGACUCCCACAGAUGAUUCAGCUUCCGCAGCAGCAGAAACAUCUGCUUAUUUCACUGCCCACAGAUUUCUUCAUCUUGUCUUUUACACUCUACAGUACGUUCAGGGAGUUUCCACAUCUCUUCUCUUUGUGCACAUCUUGUAAUUAGUUUUGAUAUAUGAAGGAUCAUUAAACCACUUCAUUAAACUGUUUACCAUUGGUCAAGUGUCCCAUUAUUUUUGAACCUGGACAAUGUCUCAUUCCUGGAUGGUUAAUGUGAUGAAGUCUGAAACCUUGGUUUCGGUGUGUCAUGAUUGCUUGAGUUUGAUGGCACAGAGAGGCAGAAUUACAAAAAUAUUCUCACUGUCCAAAUACUUAUUAGAUUCACUGAACCACACAUGAAUACAGGGGUCUAUUGUAUUGCAUGGUUUCACAUCUCCAUUAUAGACAAAGUGGCAAUAGUUUAUUAAAAGUGAUAGGAAGUGUUUACCUCUUUGUCUUCCUCCACUUCUCUUAGUAUGUAUAAUGUGUGUGCUUCAAAUUCAGUUCCAACCAUAGGAUGGUGUGGAGGAUUAACCUCAAAGCAGGUAAGAUAAGUGGAAAAGCUUGUAUACACGUCUUAGUGGUGCUAUUAAAAGGUUAAUUAUAAAAAAAAAAACUAAAAUGUAUGUAAAGUGUAUUGUGACAAUAAUAAUGCUGAUCAUUUAUUUCAUUUUAUUGUCAAUGUCUAUACUGUUUUAUUAAGUGGUUGCUUGGAAAAUUAUUUAUUACCAGUUAUUUUUCCCUUCGCUUCUAAUAUGAUUAUCACAUUUCAGAAUCAGGAAUUACAAAAUGCCUGAACAACAGGGGACAUUCAGACCUUCAGUCAUCAACAGCGACUGGUUAAUGGACUCAUUACCCACAUUUCCAAGAGAUAACGGAGACAUCGCCAUGUCCAAUUUCUUUCAGGAGAGACUUCCUUCACCAGGUCCAUCAUACGGCUCUGGUAGAAACAGCCAGCUAAUGGUUCGACGAGGUUUUACACACUCUCGAUGUUUUGCUUCUCCCACAUUGGGCCUGUCAAUGGGUGAAACCAGUACAUUUAAAAGCAGGAUCAAACAGGAAGCAUCGUCUUCUGCUAGUUUUUCUUUUACAUCUGAAAGGAUGACACCAGGACCAAUACCGUCCCCCUGCCUGUCAUAUAGAAGUGAUCACUCCAUGGGUGUACCCCCCAUAUUCAGCUUGAGAUCUUCAUACAACAGCUUGCUGAAGGAUGAUUUUUUAAAGUGUUUCAUUUGUAAAGAUGUGAUGAAGGAGCCUGUAUCCAUCCCCUGUGGACAUAGCUUUUGCAGAACCUGUAUCUGUUGGGAGAUAGCAAAUCAAAAAAAGUGCUGGUGUUGCCCUCAGUGUAGGAAGAGAUUUACCGCUUACCCUGAACUGAACUUAAACCAGGCACUGGAUGGACUGCUGAAGCAGCCUGGGUUCAGUCGCGCUCCUCCUUCUCAAAACUACGCUGGACCUGAAGAAAUGGCCUGUGAUAUCUGCUCUGGGAAGAAGUUGAGAGCGGUGAAGUUAUGCCUGACCUGCAGUGUAGCUUACUGUGAAACCCAUGUGAGGCAGCACUACACAGUGGAAGCUCUACAGAGACACAUUCUCACUGAUGUGACUGAGGAUCUGGUGAAGAGAACCUGCCAGCUGCACCACAGAGCUCUGGAGUAUUUCUGCAAAACCGACCAGCAACUUAUCUGUCUCGACUGUGUGAUGCAGCGACAUAAUGGUCAUGACAUUCUCCUGAUCAACGUUGGAAGUCAUGAAGCAUACCUGCACAAAAUACUAUUCUGUUUUAAAGAGUGUAGGACAGAGAUAUCAGAUCUUUACAAACACAUUGAAGAGCUGACAGCAAAAAAUAAGAACCUUGAGAGAGCUGAGUCGGAGUUGUCUCACCUGUCAAAGCGAUUCUGCAGAGGUCUAAAGGAUCCUACAGAUUUCACUUCAGAGUUUGUCGAAGUCGCUGCUCUCGGUCGCCGCGUGAACCUUGGGAUGUUGUACGACUGCCGCAGCGAUUCCUUUCGCUCUGAUGUCAUUUUGUGGGAAAAGACCCUAAUAUCCUCCAUGAAGCUGUUGAUCCCUCGACCCCAGACUGAUUUGAGAGUUUUAGAGAAAGACACUCUACAGGAGAGACUUGCCGCUCUGGACCUGAGUGUAUCUCUCAGGGCUAGUGUUGUAUCAGGGCUGGUUGAGAUGACUGGAGCUUCUGCAUUUAUUAAUCAUCCCUUCCAGUCCGAGCUGCAGGACAGAAUCACUGUGCAUUACAGAACCUCCACCAGACUGGACAUGAUCAGUCAUGACCUGCUGCACCAUGGAUUUCCGCUCUCAAUGACUGACAUGACUACAGCGACACACGUAGUUGUAGCUGUGCUGUACGGAUCUCAGGCAUUCUUUGUCUUAGAUAAAAAGAAAGACAAAACUGUGGAAACUGUAGAAAAUGCACAACUGAAAGACAUAGUCAAGAAGAUGAUCUCUUCUUCCAGGCAGACAGAUCUGAUCUCCAGGCUCAAUGAAUAUCACUGUGCUGCCUAUAUUGAUGGAGAUGUUCUACAAAGUCCUUUGGACAGCAGAAUUCUAAAUCCUGGCGUAGUUCCUCUUAAAGUCUGGCUGUACCCUCUAAAGAAUCUGCACCAAACAUCAGCUUGCACUGUUAAGGACAUCAGUGAAGACCAAUUAUGCAAAGCAGAGGAAUUUCUGGAAAAAGUAAAUAUAGACCUCAACUUUUGUCAACAUCUAAUGGUUGUUGAUGGUGGUCAUGAGAUAUUUACAAGGUUUCCAGCUCUAAAGAAAGCUCUGUCUGAGUUCUAUUCACUUCUGCAGCAAUACCAGUCCAACUUCCAAAGAAGGCUGGCCUCCUGCAUCAAGACCAUACGAGAGUCAGGAGCAGAAGAAGAAGAGGAGAAAUUGCAAGAUCUUCUCGACAGAAACAACCAAUCGCCAUUCAGUCCCCAGUGCACACAUCAGUGGCUCCAAAACAAAUACUCUCAGAUUAGAGCUUUGAUCCAAUGCAAAGCUGAUAACGUCGACAUCCUAAACAGUCAAGAUGACCUACAGAGGUUUGUUCAAGACCACCAAGCAGACAGAGUGUUGUGUUUCAGUUUUACAUCAUUGGAGGGUGAAGAUCCGUUUCUUUCAACUCUGAAGCAGAACAGCGUAUCAGUUAACAUGACGCUCACCAAAGAGACACAGCAAGUAUUUAUGAUUUCAGAAACGAGUCAGAAAAUCCUCUCCGGUCUUCAGUUAUUUAUGUCAAAUAAAAAGAUUAAUGAGGGAACGCAAGAAACCAUGUUCAUUGCUGCAUCUGUCCCCGAUGUAAAUUUUUCUGACUUUGCUAUACGUCUUUACCAGUCUGGACAUUUGGUAAGUCAAAAUGUACAACUCGACAUAAAACCAGACCCUCUGGAAAUGAUAGCAGUGCAGCAGACACGGGUAACGAUGAAGCUCCAAAGUUGGAAAAGUAGCCAAACUACUGAACCUUACAGAGUGGAGUACAGAACAGUGAGUGAAGAUAAAAGUUCUGUUGAAACAAAAUGGAGAGUCAUUCCUUGUUCUGAAGAGAAUUGUGUGGUUACGGGUCUUGUGCCAGGGACACGCUAUGAAGUCAGAUAUGCCUUAAUGGACAGUAAUGGGAUGAGUGACUGCAGUAGUAUUACACAGUUCCAGACAGCCUCCAGACACCGACCUGGACCACCUACAGUGCUUAAACCCAAUAAGGAAUCUCUCUACAUUGCCUGGCAGAGGGCAGAAUCUGAUGAAGACUCCCCUGUGCUCUGCUACAAAGUGGAGUAUUUGGAUGCAGGUCUGGAGGGUUGGCAGUCCAUUCAAACUGAUGGACCUGUAUGUGAAUGCACCAUAAAUCUUCUACACAGCAACUGUUACAGAUUCAGAGUCUCUGCUGUAUAUGGAAAUGGAGACAUCAGCAUUCCAAGUGAGGAAACCAAGUUUCAUGUUCGUGUUUGGACCAUAGAUUUCUCAAAGAGAAAGGCGUCCGUCUUCCUGGAAGACUUGCGGCUCCGAAAAACCAAGAAGUCUGUGAAGCUUCAAGGCUGUACAGAUGAAGAGAGUGAAGUUAGAAGUUUCCUACAGUGUCUGUCCUAUAUAUCUCAGCUGAGUAUCGAUCCACCUCAGGCUUCUAAAGAAUCCCUUUAUGAUUGGAGAAAGAAAAUGGCCUUGUUCCUGAUGAAGUUGUGUCUGCAAGCCGCCAUCUAUCAGAAAGAAACAAUUCAGGAAACAUUUCACAAACUGCCUUCGUGUUACUUUAAGACUUACAGAGAACAAUCUUCUUUUCUACUGGACCUGUACUCAUGUGCAAAAGACUACGAGAUUCAAACAGGUCAGAACGUCCGACCAGCAUUACAGGCUGUUUACCAGACACUUCCCAAGGUCUGGUCGAUAAAUCUCUCAGAGAGGAAGACUUCACUCUUCCUGGAAGUGCUGGAACUCCAAAAGGUGAAGAAACCAGUUGAGCUGAGAGGAUGGUCAAAGGAGAGUGAAACGAGAAUUCUUCUUCGGUGUCUGCCCUACAUUUCCCAGCUCAGUUUUAUUCCUCUCCAGCAACAAAGAGAAUGGAGGACAAGACUGAGAAGAUAUCUGCUGGACCUAUGUCUGCAAGCGGCUCUCCACCAGAAAGAAAUGAUUAAGUCAAUCGUGGAGAAAUGUUUCAAGACAGACAAAGAAAUAUCAGUUUUCCUGAUGCUUCUUUACUCAAACAUUAGAGACUAUGAGACUCAAACAGGCAGGAGCGUCCUUCCGGCAUUACAGGAGGUCUUUGAGUCGUUUCCUAAAAUCUGGUCCUUAAACUUGUCAGAUAAAAAGAAUGGCCUCUUCCUGGAAGUGCUGAAACUCCAGACAGUAAAGAAAGCAGUGGAGAUAAAAGGAUUUUCAGAGGAUGAAAAUGAAAUGAAGAUCUUUCUUCAAUGUCUGCCCUACAUCUCCCAGCUCAGAUUUGGCUUCGUUCUUCAUGGACAAAAAAGGAAGUUAAGCACCUUGCGGUUUGUGGUGAAGCUGUUCGCUGGGGUGGCAGAGCUCAGUGCAGAAAAAGGGGAGAGCUUUACUGAAGUCUUGGCGUCCCUGUGCAGCUUCAGAACCUUCUCGUGUAAUGGAGACGAUCAGGAAUAUGACAAUGUGGCCCACUGUGGUUUACUGCUUGAGCUGUACUCGCAUGCGAAGGACUAUGAGACUGAAACAGGCAUGAGCGUCCUUCCAGUGUUACGGGAGGUUUACGAGUCGCUUCCAGAUGUCUGGACCAUAAACCUGUCUGACAAAAAUGCUUCAAUCUUCCUUGAAGUUCUGAAACUUCAAACAGUAAAGAAAGCAGUAGAGCUGACAGGCUGGUCGAGAGAGAAGAGGAAAACCCGAAGCUUCUUUCAGUGUCUGCCUCGGAUCUCCCAGCUCAGGCUGUGUAGUGAUGUACUGGUGAGAAUGGCUCAAGCUAAACCAGUGAGGUCUCAUGCUCCUGUGAUCCUUCACAAGCUUUUGCUUACCGAGCCCAGGGUUCAUAAACCAGACGAGACGCCAUGUAAGAUUCUCAAAAGCUUGGCUUUCAUUCUGAGGCACUGGGAAAUCCAGUGUUUGGACUUGACUGAAUACAAGAUGGCGGCCCAGUCACUGAUAGGCCUCCUGAAUCAUCCAGAACUUCCAACAAUCAGAUUCUCAGAUGAUACUCUUCAGAAGUUGGUCGAGGUUGUUUAUGAAACUCAGGAUGAAAAUCUUACUCAUUGUUUCUUGCGAACUGUGGGUGGAGACCUGACUUCAUGCAGUCUGAGCUGGGAUGUGAUUAAUCAUUUCUUGCAGUAUCAUACAGUCACUGUAGAAUCCAGAAGAAGCACCAUUAAGCAGGAAAACAUACAAGACCUUCUGCCUGUGCUGAGCAAAGUUCAUCUCAGAGGGUUGAAGUCCAGCUUUGUGCUGUCCAUCAUGAGAGAGCUUUAUGAGACUUGUUCUGCACACUCGGUCUCCAGCCUUUUGAGCUCAACGGAGAACUGCAUUAACCUGGAGAACAGGAAGCUGAGCUUGGUCGACUGCGCUGCACUGCGCUUCACCCUGGAGCACUGCAUGGGCGUCUCCCUCAACUUGCUGUGGACCUCCAUACCUGAGGGGGAGCUAGAGAGCAUUGUGCCACUACUUAGCCACGUCUCCGAUCUCAGGGUUGACAGGCUGCUGAUGCUGCGACUGCUCCAUGUUCCUGAGCUCCAUCAGGAGGCAGCAGUUGUGCUCUCAGCUCUACAUCAUAAACUUGACUUCUCCUCCCAUGACGCUUUGGACCUCACAGCAGACAUGACAGUAAAUGGUCUGCUUCUGAGCGUUGAGGACUGCAGAGUCAUCUCCAGAGCUAUUCAGAGUGCUCAGACUCACAUCAGGCUCAACGUUCAGGACUUUGAGAUUGAAGACGCAGGAGUGGAGCUCCUCUUCCCUAUUCUACACAAAGUCACGCUACAGUGCAGUAAAUCCGUGCUGCUUCGAUUCCUAAUCCUUACCGAAGCAGACCACGUGAGGCGAGUGACGUCUCUCGCGCAUGCUUUGAGCGACCGAAUGGACCUGAGCGAGACCCAGCUGAACCCACAAGCAUGCAAAGCACUGGCGCUGUUUCUGGAAUAUUCCGAGGGACUCUCAGAACUGGACCUCAGCCACUGCCAGCUCACUGAUCACGCCCUGGAGCUGCUGAUGCCACGCCUUCACAAAGUCUGCGUCCUCGACCUCAGCCACAAUCUCCUUACUGACGUCUCAGCAGCAAACAUCUACAAUGCCGUCUCAAGCAGCAACACUCAGACUGUGUGUUUAUUCAACAACAGAAUCGCAGACUCAUCACUGUUCCUCACAGACCAGCGCUUUGAGAUCUGGUGAUGAUGAUCACUGGAGUGAAACACCAUCGAUGAUCUAUUAUUACUCUAGCUUCACCUGCAGAUCUGUAAAGUGUAGAGCGGCAGAAAAUACAGCAAAUGAGAUGUUAGGCUUUUAGUAUAACUUCUGUUUGGAAUUAUGUCAGCACAUUUAGCAGAUGAGAGAAAUGAAAUCAGGAGAAGCCUAGAAGAUAGAAAUAUGCACAUACUCUCACAUGGUGCAACAGGAAGUUUUGGAUGGAGAGCCUUUGGUCAGGAGAUAAAGAGCAAAAUAAAUGAGUAGGAGGAGAACACCCUCUCCCUGUUUCAUCCCUGAUUUGUUGUUCAUGAGACUCAAGUCAAGUCAAGUCAAGUUUAUUUGUACAGCGCUUUUCACAACAGACAUUGUCUCAAAGCAGCUUUACAGAAAUCAACAGUUAAGGUGAAUGGUGUGUGUUUAUCCCUGAUGAGCAAGCCG